AUGGAUCGUGUUUCUGUGUUCAUCGUGGGUCUGUGCCUGGCUGGCAUGGUAUCUGGAGAAGAUGAAAUAAUCCCUGCUGUGAUUGGAGAAGAUGUUACUCUGCCAUGUGAGGCUAAGGAACGCUUUCCCUUUAAACUGGUGGAAUGGAACCGACCAAACGGAGGAAACACAGAAUUUAUUCUUGUUUUCAAAGAAAAGAAAAUAAGUAAAAGUGAUACACCAGACCGCUAUAUGGGUAGAGUAGAGUUUAAGGACCUACAGAAAGGAAACGCGUCUCUGGUUCUGAAGAAUGUGACGGCUGAAGAUGAAGGAAGAUAUGAGUGUUAUGUUGAGAAAGCAUCAAACCGCAGCAAGAGAUCCAUUGAACCUAUCAGCACCAUCUACCUGGAUGUUCCUCCUCCUCUCCCUGAUGUUCGUCCUCCUCCAGGAAACAUUGGACUGAUUGUUGCGCUGGCUUUUUUUGCUCUGGUUGUUGCUGUUUUUGCUGCGUUUGUUGUGAAGAAGAAGCAGAGAUCCUCUCCUCCUCCUCCUGAUAAAGAAGCUGAGAAGCCUCUUCAGAUCCAACCAACAGCAGCAGAUCCCAGCAUCCCAUAA